GUCAUCGUCGUCGAGGACGGCGAGCCCGGCGAGCCCGGCGCGCUCCAGGUCAUCGACGGCGUCGAUGGCGCGCCGCCGGACCCGGACCCGGACGUCGACGAGGACGACGACGGCGCGCCGCGCGAGGACGAGACGGAGCCGCCGCCGAACACGUCCGCGCGCAAGGAGCUGCUGUCCGCGGCGAGGAGGAUGAUCCAGAACUACGCGACGAACCUGCCCGACGAGCCGCUCCACCUGCGCUUCGACCUCACACCGCACGAGCGCAAGCUCCUCCAUGAAGACGCCGACGGUUACGCGCUCUACCACUACUCGAGCGGCUCCGGUCCAGAGCGGCACGUCGUCGUGAGCAAGUGGAAGGCGUGGGCCCCCUUGAACGUCUCCGAGGGCGCCAAGCUCAUCCAGUCGCUGGUCCAAGGCCCCCGCGGCCGCGGCUACGUCCAGAGCUUCAACGCCGACGCGCUGACGUGGCGGCCGACGUUCGUGCCGCCGGUGGUCGCCCUCGCGGCGCCGGCGCCGCGUCCGGCGCCCGCGGCGCGGCCGCAGUCGCUCACGCUCACGCUCGCGGAGAUCGACGGCAUCAAGGGCCGCGACGGCCGGAAACGGCUUCGGUGGUGGUGUACCACGGCGAUUCCCGGAGAAUGCACCAACGGCGCCGGCGACCCCGAGAGAAGGGACAAGCUCAAGCGCAAGCUGGAGGCCCUGUCGGGCACGUUCACGGUGAGCGACGCGGGCAAGCUCGACAAAUACCCGUGGCCAUCAUAGUUUUAAUACCUGUGUUGUUGUU